AUGGCAGAGCAGACUUAUAACUCAGAUAUGACCAUGUCCGCCGCCGAAGAGGUGGACGAUCUGCCCGAAGGCAUGUUCCACCACCUCGCCGAACCCCCCGACCUCCCCGCCGCGAAGAAACCGUGUAUGGAACCGAGUACCAGCCACGCUCCUAAUCCUCCCUCCUUCUCCCCCGCCACCUCCUCCGAUUCGGCCCCGGCACAGCCUACACACUCUCCCGCGCCCCCCGCAGCCGCCGCUCUCACUGCGCCUCCGAUCGGCCUGGCGCCGGCACAGGGUGCAACUGCAGCAUCUCCCAACAGCCCGGCUACCCGCGCAACCGCUUACGCGUCCGUCGCCGCUGGCUCUAACUUGGCUCCUGCGCUGCCCGCCUCGCUCUUCGCCUCGCCCACUCCGGGCGGUCCCCCCAGCAGUCGGCGCCGCGUGCGCACGGAUGCCGCUACCCCGAUGAUAUUCCCCUUGCGCCGCCGCGUGGUUGUCACAGUUCUCCUCUCGAAAGCCGGGCUGGAAUCGCACCGCUCUGAAAUUCUCGCCGGUAUCAAUGCAGAGCUGUGUGGCUUUAUGUUCACAUCUGGCAUUAUCCCUGACUUCAAACAGACCGUUGGAGACCCUUACUGCGUCGCCCGCUGGGUGUACGGCCGCCUGCUCUUCUCCUGGCCGUCGCAGGAGGAUGCGGCGGCCUUCCGCAAGCUGUUCCCCCUCUCGCUCAAAGUCCCCAACUCCCGCCCCAUUCUGCUUAAGGUGUUCGUGGACAGGUUCGAUGGCUUCACCGCUGCCAAGGCCGCCGGCGCACCCACCCUGUCUAUUCGCAACGUCCCCCUGGAGUUCCCUCCAGAGGACAUCCGUGCUUAUCUCCUCGGUUCCACCGAGUCGGAUGGCGCGCACUGGCUUGCGGAUCUGACGAACUUCCACCGCGCCUCUUACCCGUACGAGGACACGUAUUUCACUCACCUCGCAGGGCUUCCAAUCGCCACCCCCGACGACCCCAACUUCGAACGCAUCCCAUCCGAAAUCUUGCCGGAGGAUAACAAACCUCCCAUGGUGCUCAACUUUUCCUGUCACUUGUGCUCGCUGUGCGCCAACAACCACCGUGCGUCGGACCACGAGGCCUUCGCAGUCCGCCGUCGGCAGCGCCUCACGAACCCUAUGGUCCUCGCCCACCCACACAUCCUCCUUGCGCCGUUCCUUGCCCCCCGCUACUCUCUCCCUCACCCCCAAUCACGCCCACCCUCCCCCCCCAACCCGGUUUUACCUCCCCCACCCCCCCCGGCGGACCGGACCCCAUCCACCCCCGCGCUCACUCCGGUCACACCCUCUCUCCUCUCCUGCUCCAUCCUUCACAGGUCCACUGCCUCUUCCCAUCCUGCCACCUCCCGAAUUUCUGCCACCUCCCGCACCCCCCCGCGCUUCCCUUCAUUUCUCCCCCCGUCUUCCCCGGAGGACGGGCCUCCGCACUCACGUAUACGCAACCCACACCCUCUCUCUCCCCCCACUCCCUCCAAUCCCCGCAGGAAAAUAUAUCCCAGGGAUCCCUCCGAUACCCCUGCUGUCUCAUCCCAGGGUGCUCUCCCUAGGCCCCCGCCCUCCCCCGUGCUCUCUCUGGGCUACCCCACGUGCCCCUGGUUCCCCCCCCUCUGCCGGCAGCCCUCCCCCCUGGGGCCCCUCACCCUGUCCCCAAGCAAGCAGCCCCUCCCCACCUUUUGGCUGUGUCCCCCCCCCCCCCUGCAUGUUCCCUCUUUCCCCACUACAUGCACAUCACCCCCCCUUCCCUACAGUCCUCAUCCCCCCCCACCCCCCUUGUGGCUGGGCCUCCAUCCAACCCUGUUCUCCUCCUGGCUUUUUCCCCCCCUCCCGAAUGCUUUCCCCCACGCAAGCAACAUCCUGGGGAACCACGCUGCGCCGACCACCUUCCGCAACGACCCCGGCCUCAUCUACAUCGGGCUGGACGACAAGGUGGAGACCUGGACAUGCGCGCUCUGCGACUUCACCUCCGGCGCUGCCCUCGACAGCGCCAUGGACCACAUUCAGUCCACCCAGCACACCUCUCGCGUGAAGGCUACGGCCCACCGCCCGGCAGCCAAGGAGGCUUUCGGCCCUUGGCGUGCUCUCACUCUGCAGCAGAAGCCUCAGGUCCGUCCCCGCCGAUCUGCCACCCCCGCCGACCCUGCCAACCCCGUCAUUCCCCCGCCCGCCUUCCCUGCUGACCCCUCCGCCCCCCAACCCCUUGCCGCCCCAGCCGACCCCGCCGCAGUCCCUCCGCCUGCCCCCCCAGCCGACCCCGUCGCCCCGCCGUCUGCCUCCCGACUGGAACCACGUCGCCAAGACCAUCGAGCACUUGUAACUCUUGAUUUGUAA